GAUGAUUUACUGAUGGACAGGAACAAAGCCCAGCUUCACCAGCAACUAGACCCGGCCCAGGCGGACCCCCCUCCCUCCACGCCGACCCCGUCGUCCGAGCCCUCCUCGUCGGAGCCGGAGAGCCCGUCCACGGAGAGCGGCCAGGCGGCCUCGGCGCUCCGAGUCUCCAUGGAGUCCCUGGUCCUGCCCGGGCUGGGCUUCCACCAGCAGGCCCCCCAGGAGCCCGGCACCCCGGUCUCCUCCCCUCCCUCCUCCUCGUUCGGGAGCACCUGGUCCACGGGGACCACGAACACGGCGGAGGACAGUUUUUUCCAGGGAGUACCCUCCGUCAACGGAACCAUGCUUUUCCAGAACUUCCCCCACCAGGUCAACCCGGUGUUCGGGGGCAGUUUCUCCCCGCAGAUGGGCCAGAGGAGGUCCCCCGUCAGCCAGGGCCCCUUCCCCCAGAGGAACGCUUAUCAGACAGUCCUGAACAACAGCAGGGGGUCUUCAUCUUCCUCGUCCUCGACCUGGAACAACCACCAGAACGCAGCCUGGACCGCCGCCUCUGGUCCCUGGAGCGGGCUUCAAGCGGGCAGGGACCCUCGGCGGGCCGUGGGGGUCGGCAUGCCUUCGUCCCUGAACCCCAUCUCCCCAAUGAAAAAGCCUUAUGGCAGCAACGUCAUUGCACCCCCCAAGUUCCCCAGACCGGGUCCGCUGGCCCCCAAACCCUGGAUGGAGGACGGCGUGUUCCGGACCGACAGCAGCAACAACAUUCUGCCCUUACAGGACCGGAAUCGGCCCUUUGACCCCUUUAAUUUGGUCUCUUUGGAGAAUUCCUUAAUGGAUAUGAUAAGGACUGACCAUGACAAAGGUAAACCACACCCAGCCAGCGGCCCACCCAUGACUAUCGCUGAUAUAAUAUGGAGGAAUCAUAUYGCAGCAGGACGUAUGGGACUCAACUUUCAUCAUCCUGGAGCUGAUCACAUCAUGACGCUCAACGGUCGCUCCUGUCUGUUUCCCUUUGAAGACGGUUUCCCUGACGACGGCCACAGCGACCCGUCUCUGACGCCRGGCCUGAACUCGCCGACCCGCUGUCAGAACGGGGAGAGGAUGGAGCGCUACUCCAGGAAGGUUUUUGUUGGAGGACUGCCCCCSGACAUCGACGAAGAUGAGAUCACCAACAGUUUCCGGCGCUACGGGCACCUGGUGGUGGACUGGCCCCACAAAGCUGAGAGCAAAUCCUACUUCCCACCCAAAGGUUAUGCUUUCCUGCUGUUCCAAGAAGAGGUUUCUGUUCAGGCCUUGAUCGACGCCUGCAUAGAAGAAGAUGGGAAGCUCUACCUAUGUGUCUCYAGUCCCACCAUCAAAGACAAACCAGUCCAGAUCCGUCCCUGGAACCUGAACGACAGUGACUUUGUCAUGGACGGCUCUCAACCUUUGGACCCUCGUAAAACCAUCUUUGUUGGGGGUGUGCCUCGGCCCCUGCGUGCAGUGGAGUUGGCGAUGAUCAUGGACCGGCUGUAUGGAUGCGUCUGCUACGCCGGCAUCGACACCGACCCAGAGCUGAAGUAUCCAAAAGGCGCCGGCCGUGUGGCCUUCUCCAAUCAGCAGAGCUACAUCGCUGCCAUCAGCGCCCGCUUUGUUCAGCUGCAGCACAAUGACAUCGACAAACGGGUGGAGGUGAAGCCGUACGUCCUGGAUGACCAGAUGUGUGACGAGUGCCAGGGGGCGCGCUGCGGCGGUAAGUUCGCCCCGUUCUUCUGCGCCAGCGUCACCUGCCUGCAGUACUACUGCGAGUACUGCUGGGCCAGCAUCCACUCGCGGGCUGGCCGGGAGUUUCACAAGCCGCUGGUGAAGGAGGGGGGCGACCGCCCUCGACAUGUGUCGUUCCGCUGGAGCUGAGAGGAACCAAACCCACACCUGAAAUACCCCCCAGCAUGUCGGGAUGGUGCCCCCAUCUCCUCCACCCCAUGUUCAGACCUAAACUCAUCGUCCGGUGGUCACCUCAGAUAAAAAAAAAAAUGUAUCUCCUUCAGCUCACGAUUUGCACUAUGGCACAAGAUCUCACCAAUUAUCACACUGAAUGGUUUGUUGGACUCCUGGCUUCUUUCAGUUUUCUGUUCUGUUGACCGAAGGGUUUGGUACUUCCUGUUCGACCCCUCCUUUACUGAAACAGACUGGUCCCAUGCAAAUAGUUAGACUCUAUCUAUCUAUAUACUUUUUGUUUUGUAAUUAUCUAUACAGAUGAAGAUAUUUAAAUUUUAUGCAAAAGGAGCAUGCACUUAUUUUGAAAUUACUGUACGUAUUUUGCCCCUAAUAAAGAGAAAGGCUUACCAAAGGCUAAUUUUAAUAAAUAUAUACAGAAAAGCAAAAUAGGUGGCAUCAAAUGUAGCAAGGUUUAACUAAAUGUCUAAUCGUUUGGGCUCAUUCUGCCCAGAGUUUAAAAAAUAACUUUAAUAUAUUUGCUCUCGAUGUUAAUACCUCAUUCAAUCAAAUCAGUUUGCUCUCAAUUGCUUGUGUAUAUUUUUAUAACAUUAUUUUUUAGUGUUCUGUAACUGUACUGCUGCGAUAGCUUUGCUGCUAAAUCCCAUGUUAUGAAUAGAUACCACAAUGUACUUUAUUCUGAAAAGAAGCACCGGGUGUUUCCGAAUGACAGGCUUUUCUAUGAGGAUGAGGGGCUCCUAGACACUACGCUGGGGGGGUCAGGGUGGGUCGCCCCUAACUGCAUGUUUAUUUCAGUCAGGCUGCUGCAUGAAAGAGACUUUUCAGUAUCAUGUCCACUAUUUGACUCUGCCCAUGUUUGCACAAACACAAUACAAACGUUCAACUUGCACAAAACUGGACAGAAACAGGAGCUGGACUAAAGGAACUCUACACUGCUGAUAGGGCUGAGGGGUCCAUGUCCGGACCACCGGGGGGGUUAGAAAAAUGACUAAUAAUCACAAAUGAAAUGUAGGAUAACCUUUUAAAACUCUCUGAUAGGUGAAGUAUUUUUUGCAGUGAUUGUUGAUAUAAUUGUGCAAUUUUUUUAUACUGUAUGUAGUUAGAUCUUAGUAUGCCUAGAACUGUGAUGCGCUUUAACUGUCGUCCGAUAGAGAAGUCCUGUGAAACUUCAUAACUAGUGUGUUUGUGCGCGCACACACACACACAAAAAUACACACAUGCCUGAUCAGAAGAGACGCAGCAAACAGCAAAUGUGAGGGCUUUUUUACGACAAAAGAAAACAAAAACAUUUUGUUUGUUUGAUGGAAGCAUACGUUUAUGUUCCUGAAUGCAACCAAAGAGCUUGCUUUUCAAAGAGAAAUUGUAAUUUGAGGUCCCGUCUACUCAGCUAUGAAUAUUUUACUCUUUGAAGAGCUGAGAUGCUGCUGCAAGACUGUCCACAUUAUCGAAAACAAAACAAAAAACUCAACUUGGCUAAGUAUUCUUCCCCCAAAACGAUUAUAUACACACAAAGUUUAGUUUUUUUUAAUGGUAGCAUCUCGCUCUUCUGACUAGUUGGUGACUCAAAAUUGUGAUAAAAUUGGUAUUUCCAAUUGGAGUCUCACUCAGCUUGUUUUUGUGGCCAGUGAGCCAUGCAUCCGCGUUUUGAGUUGACAUUUUUGAAAAAUCUUUCCAAGACAUGCUAAAUUGUGUUCUAGACUGAGCCCAUUAUUCAGCUGCCGGCAUCGUACCCGUCUCAGCCUGCAUUGUUCCCAGCUGCUCUAAAGAUUGAUUUAUUCGACCGGAGUACAUCUUAGAAACAAUGACGGGCAGAAUUUAAACUUAAAACCAAGCAACAAGUUUGCGAACCUCUGAGAAUUUUUCAGAUUUUGGAGGCUUCCUCGUCUGCUAGCCGCCAACAGAGUCUUUUUUUUUUUGUUAUAAACUAUUUCAGGCGAUAAAGUUUAUUGGCAACAGGAUCGGAAUAAAGCUAGAUAAAGAAAAACUGUUAAAAACAAUUUCAUUAUUAUUUUAGAUUUUAGGAUGCAAAGUAAAAGUGGGCGUGAGCCAAAUAGGCUGCCCCUUUCCUAAAAAACUAAUCUCCUAGGUCUACACGGUUACACAAUAAACGCUUAAAUUCAUUUUUCACACCAAAAACUGAGCCGAUAUUGUAUUAAAAUAUUUAUAAAGGUGUAGACGGGGCCUGAAAAUGAAGCAUCAAAAGCUAUAGGAGACCUGAGAAUGACAAACUGAGCCCUACACAUGCUAAUAAAUGGGAGCUAGGUGAGGUUAGCAGAACAUGCUUAUGCGUGAGCCAGGGUUAACGCAUUUAUCUAGAUUAUCUUUUCCUGCGAAGCUUGAAGUAACGAACCUGCUAAAAGUUGUUUUAAUAAAAAGGUUGAGUUUGUUCUAAACAAAAAUGAGAAUACUGGUCAUGUACUCACAGAAGCUGAAGCACAGACUAUGAUCGGCUCGAAAUUUUGGCGGGAAAAUGGUCAACAGGAGAGGGGGCUGCAUUCCCCCUCAUUGUAGUCGUAAACUGUUAUUUUCAUCUAUAGGAUGUUUUUGUUUCAUUUUGUGCAAGGUAAGCUAACUGAAACUAAGCAGAGUUUUUUUUAUUUUUUUACUGACAAACUAAAAGCUUAACAUGAGUAAUAAUAAGCAUCUUUAUUUAAACAAAGAGAAAGUUUUGGGUAUAUUUUGUGACUUUCCUUUCCCCUGCCCCGAUAGUUUUCUACAUUUUUUUUCCUUGGCUAUGGUAGAUAUUUGUUGUGCACUACAUUUUGUAUCGAAGCAGCAGUCAGCAGGUUCUUUUGGCUUAAGGACAAAAAAAAUAAAAUAAAAAAAAAACUGAAAAUAUUUUACAAUACCUCAGUUUUGAAAUAUAUUGGGAGAGAAAACAUAUUUUCUAAGUUUAUUCAGAUUAAAAAUAUAUUAAUUUAAUUCUUUAAAAUAAUUGAUUUAACAAGGUUUUUAUUUGUUAUGCCCUUUUUUUGCUCUUAUUGAGAAUUUAUUGUUUGAAAAGACAAAUGAAGGAGCUUUACAACUAAUAUAAUGAUGGAGUUAGUGCGAGUAUUGUCUAUUUUAUUGCAGUGGAAGCAAAAGAGAACCCACCUGGUUGAAUCAGUCAAUUUUACAGAAGUCAAAUGUCAGGUGCUCUGACUUAAAACUGAUUUUCCACCUUUUUUGUAUAUUUAUAAUCAGUCAUUUACUGUGUUGACCAGAGUUGAGAAAAUAAAUCUUCUGUUUUAUUUUUUUAUGUUUUUUGAAAGCAUGCUCUCUUUUGUUUCGUAAAAAAUAACUAAACAAAUACCAUUGUUAUGAACUGUUAAUUUGACAAAGUUGGUGAAAAUAAAAACCUGUGAAAGUCACUGAA